AUGAACAUUCCACUGCACCGGCCCGAGCUCAUCCAGAAGACACCCGACUACCUCCAGACCAUCACGAGCCUCGCGCAUCCAGAGCACGUACUCAACAAGAAAGGGUACCUGACCGCGCAGCUGACGAGCUAUGAUCUGGAGCGCAAGAAGCGAUGCUUGCACUGUUCUAAAGUUCUCAAGAAAAAGGACAAGAUCCACUGGGCGAAGAGUCAAGCUGGUCAGGAUGCCUCUUCUGGCAUUUCACGUCCUGUGGAGAUAUUGACUGUCGCGGAGCCGGAAGACGCUGAGGGUGGGGCGUCGUUGGAAACCAGGGCUGAAGGCAAGGCUCAAGGCAAAGGGAAGCCCCCCAAGGACCUUUGCAGGUACCAUACCGGAGCGGUGCGAGCCAAGCACUGGACAUGCUGUGGUGGCUUUGUUGCCGUGCCAGGCUGUGUCGAGUCUGCGCAGCACACGCCUCGCGUCUACGCGCACAAUGAGCUGGAGCUCGAGUGGCAGCUUCACCCGACGCCUUCCCCAUCGCCUAACAUGCAGGGCCGCCGUCGUGGAGGUAGAGUCCCCGCGAUCAAGCCCGUCGACGCCGUGGCCAUUGACUGCGAAAUGGGCACGUCCGAGUACGGCGACACGGAGCUCAUCCGCCUGACGAUUAUCGACUACUUCACCGGCCAAGUGCUGCUGGACAAGCUCGUGUGGCCCGACUGCCCCAUGCAGCACUUCAACACCCGGUUCUCGGGCAUCACGCGCCAGAUGAUGAACGACGCGCGGCGACGGCGCACCUGUUUGUUUGGCAGGGCGAGUGCGCGGGCGGAGAUGUGGAAGUUUAUCGGGCAGGACACGGUCGUGGUAGGCCAUGGGUCGAACAAUGAUUUCACGUCCCUGCGCUGGAUCCAUCCACGCAUCGUGGACACGUUUCUGAUCGAGGAGCCGUUCGCCACCGUGGAGAGGGCCAAGUUUGAGGCCGCCAUGGAGAAGAUGGAGGAGGAGAAGAAGGCCCUGAAGGAGCGUGGCGAACCAUGGGACCACCUCACGCCGCCGCCUGCAGUUCAGGGAUCGUCGCUCAAGGCACUGACGGACACGCGCCUCAAGCGCAAGAUCCAGAUGGCGGGGCGGGGCCACGACAGUCUGGAGGAUGCCUGGGCUUGCAGGGACCUGCUGCACUGGCAUGUCGUGAACCGCCUGGAUCGGCAGUCCCUGCCGGCCCCUACUCAGGUUGUGGUUGACGAGAUUGCUAUUGCCCAGAGAGGUCACUGGUAG